AUGUCAACUGAAAUAAAAGAUAAUCCCAAUAAAACGACCAUUUAUGUUGGCGGUUUGGACGAUCAAGUUAAUGAAAAAAUUCUCCAUGCUGCUUUUGUACCGUUUGGUGAUAUCGUAGAAAUUCAAAUACCACCCGAUCCAGCCUCUCAUAAUCAGCAUCGCGGUUUCGGUUUUAUAGAAUUCGAAGAAGCUGCCGAUGCUCAAGAGGCUAUUGAUAAUAUGAAUCUAUCAGAAUUGUACGGUAAAGUAAUUAAAGUUAACUUGGCAAGACCCAUGAGAAUUAAAGAAGGGAGCGUUCGAGCCGUGUGGUCCGAGGAUGCUUGGUUACAAAAAUAUGCACUUAAGUCAGCAGAUCCAAAAGUAUUAUAUGAUGAGUAUGAAAAGGAAACUACAGCUAAGGAUUAA